UAGAGGAUUCCCCCUACUACUAAACUAACAAAUUAAAACUUUGUAGCAGUUGAGCUACGUCUACAAUUUCAUGAUCUCAUGGCCAAUUAGUCCACCAAACCCAUAUACCCUCCUCCCAUCAUUCUCCUUCUAGUCCUCUCUUUGUUGUCCACAUCCCAUACCAAGAAUCAUCCCAAUUCAUGGCAGAGGAAGGGUUCAGCUUCCCUGGAAUCCCAGACCCAUCGACCUGCUCGAUCUGCUCGCCCCCGCUUUGGCCCGUGUCGCCCCCUCCGGCGCCUCCCCUCCGAGACCGAUCGUCCUCGGAGGGCUCGGACGAGGGAGUCCUCGGCGAAGCUGGCGGCCUGUGUGAAGAGGAGGAGGAGAGGAUGGACAUGUUGUGGGAGGACUUCAACGAGGAUUUGCCGAGGAGCUGCAGGCAUCCCGUGUCGUCAUGGUCGUCGGCCUCGACGUCGUCGUCAAGGGACAUUGAGGAAUUCGGGGGUGCCAAGGCGCGGGCAGUGUCGAGGGCUAAUGUUGCAUUGGUGUCCGCUAAGAGGACACCGCCCCCGGGUGUGGUGGUGCUGAUCAAGGUGUUGAAGAAGCUCUUCUUGCUGCAUCACAGUCACAACACGCCUGGUUCCAUGAAGAAGCCAUGCCCAUGGUGAUCCCGUUGAAGAUUCCUCUGGGUUGAAUAAUUCAAUUCCCUUUUUUUCUCUCUUUGCCUUGUAAUUUUGUCUCUAAUUUGUCAUACAGGGAGCUAAUUUGUUAAUUUACUUCGGGUAUAUUUUAAGGGAUGCCCAAAGAGGAGCACCAGACAAAGCAAUCAACAUGCGUUGUUUGCACAUCUAGAUUCUUUUAGAUCUGUUUGUUGCUGAUAAAGCUUAUGUUUGGC